AAGACCAAAAGCUAGGGAAAUAUUUAUAGUUAAAAAGCAAGUGGUGGGGUAAAUUGUUAUUAUUAUUAUUAGUAUUAUUAUGGGAAGGCAACCUUGUUGCGAUAAACUUGGAGUGAAGAAGGGGCCGUGGACGGCGGAGGAAGACGGCAAGCUCAUCGCCUUCCUCCUCACCAAUGGCCAAUGUUGCUGGCGGGCCGUCCCGAAGCUCGCCGGCCUCCGCCGCUGCGGCAAGAGCUGCCGCCUCCGGUGGACAAACUACCUCCGGCCGGACUUGAAGAGAGGCCUUCUAAGCGAUGCCGAGGAGAAAUUGGUCAUUGACCUCCAUGCUCAUCUUGGUAAUAGAUGGUCAAAGAUUGCUUCAAGAUUGCCAGGAAGAACAGAUAACGAGAUCAAGAAUCAUUGGAACACACAUAUCAAGAAAAAACUUCUAAAGAUGGGAAUCGAUCCGGUCACGCACGAGCCUCUCAACAAGGACGCGAAGGCAACGAGUGACGUACAAUCAUCGACAACAACUAAAAAUGAGACCACUUCCCGGUCAAAGUUUGACAAAGAAUACGGUGAUGAGCAACCAGUGAAAGUUGUACCUCAAGGCGAUGGGGAGGAUCCCCUGCUCAGCUCCCUACUCGAAAACCAUGCACCCCCGGUGCAUGCACCGUGGGACCGGGACCUCCCACAAUCGACUGACGUUGACCAACAGUCGUUCAUCUUUGACGAUGAUCAGCUUAUUAUUCCACCAUUGGACGAAGAUUGCAUGGAUUGGUUGUUGAACUGCCAAGGGUUUGGGUUGCCGGAUUUCGGAUUGGAUUUGGAUAUGCCUAUUUCGGACUCCGGGGACAAAGAAAUGCACAUUUUCGACACUUGUGAGAACUCUUCAACCAUGUUUCCUGAUUCCAUUACUGCCCUUCAAGAACACUAUGCCUUUCUCAUCAUCUCUGGCUGCGCCUUCAUCUCUCUCGGGUGGUUUUCAUGGAUUCUCCUGGUCAAGAAUCCGACAAGCAAGCAGCCGCCGCUGCCCCCAGGCCCCAAACCACUUCCCCUGGUCGGAAACCUCCUCUCCCUCCGCCCCGACCUCCACGCCCACUUCGCGGACCUGUCCCAAGUCCACGGCCCCAUCUUCACCGUCUGGCUCGGCAGGAAGGUGGGGAUCGUCGUCACCUCGCCCGCCCUGGCCCGCGCGGUGCUCAAGGAUCACGACGCCGCCUUCGCGAACCGCGACGUCCCCGCCGCCGGCCGGGAAGCCACAUACGGCGGCAGGGACAUCGUGUGGACCCCGCACGGAGCGGAGUGGAGGAUGCUGAGGAAGAUCUGCAUGCGCGAGAUGCUCGGGAGCUCGGCCCUCGACUCUCUCCGCCACCUCAGGCGGCUGGAGGUCAGGCGGGCGGCGAGGUUCUUCCACGGCCAGGCCGGGCAGCCGGUGAACAUCGGAGAACAGAUGUUCCUGACCGUGCUCAACGUGAUCACGGCCAUGAUCUGGGGCGGCACCGUGACGGCAGGGGAGAGAAUCGGAUCGGAGUUCAGAGAGAUCGUCGGUGAAAUGUCGGAGCUGUUAGGGUUUCCGAAUGUUUCGGAUUUUUAUCCCAAAUUGGCUAGAUUUGAUUUGCAAGGGGUCUGCAGAAAGAUGAAGGCUUUGGUUGCUAAGCUUGACGGGAUCUUCGAGACUGUAAUUGAUCGGCGAUUGGGGAUGGGAGAUGGGGAGAAGAAGGGUAAUAAGGACUUUUUGCAGGUUUUGCUUGAGCUGAAAGAUAGUGAAGGAGAUGAGAAAACGCCUUUCACCAUUACUCAUCUCAAAGCCUUGUUAAUGGAUUUGGUCGUUGGUGGAACCGACACAACCGCAAACACGUUGGAGUUCGCGAUGGCCGAGAUCAUGAAGCAACCCGAGGUCCUAACGAAGCUACGAGACGAGCUAGACCGCAUGGUGGGAAGAGACAACAUAGUAGAGGAGUCUCACAUUCAUCACCUCCCAUACAUGCAAGCCGUGAUGAAAGAAACCCUCCGUCUCCACCCCGCCCUCCCCCUCCUGGUCCCACACUGCCCCAGCGAAACCCGCACCGUUGGGGGGUACGCGGUCCCCAAAGGCGCCCGCGUGUUCGUGAACGCCUGGGCGAUCCAGAGAGACCCACGUGUUUGGGAAAAACCUCUCGAGUUUAGGCCCGAGAGGUUUUCGGAGGGUGACAAGAAAUGGGAUUUCAGUGGAAGGGGUUUCGACUAUCUGCCGUUUGGUUCGGGGAGAAGGAUCUGUGCUGGAAUAGGGUCAGCUGAGAGGAUGUUCAUCUAUGCACUUGCCACCAUGAUUCAUUCCUUUGAUUGGAAUCUUCCUGGAGAUGCAGAGGAAUUAGAGCUUUCAGAGAAGUUUGGGAUUGUCUUGAAGAAGAGAGUUCCUUUGGUUUUAAUCCCCACUCCGAGGUUGUCUCACUCAACACUCUAUGAGUAAGGGGUGUAAGUAUUGGUGUUAAUGCAAGAUUUUAUUAGUAUUUGUAAGUUUAAGCCAAAAUAGUUUUGUGAGAAAUUAUAUACUGUAAAACUUUAGUGUAUGAAUAAUCAUCACUCAAAUAGGAUGAAGUUUGAAUUUAGACUUGGCAAAAAAUGACCCGAUCUGUUUAUGACCCAAAAUCUGACCCCAAAAAAUUAGAUUUUAAACAAAGAUUUUGUUGAUCG